CGUUAUCAUGAUCAUAAAAUAUCUAUCAAUGAUAAGCUUGAUAUAAUGUCUACCGAAAAUACUACUAUAUCAGCAUCAAUAUUUAGUAACAAUAAUGAAAUCACCAAAUAUGUACUAUCGGAUAAUUCACAUAUGAAUCAACAGAAUCCUGAUUUACCUGGACCAAGUAAUGAACGAAGAAUAAGAUUUUUGCCGAGAUAUAAAGUGAAAACAAUGGAACGAAAUGAAAAGCGCCUAAAAUUUAUUGGCGCACAUGGUAGCUUAACGAUGCGAAGCUUUGAAACAGGUGAAGUAUCCGAUGUGGAAGUAACAUUGAAACCAUUGAAAGAUCGUUCACGAUCAAUGUCACCAUUGAAACAAUUGAAAACAUAUUCAUUCCGUUUGAUGCCUUCAGAAGAAAGCAUACUUUCAGAAACUCAACAGGAAUUAAUUCGACAAUCAUGGCAAACGAUAACUGCAAAAUUAGAACUUAUUGAGCAAAAUUUCGGCUUUUUCGUUUAUCAACGAGUUUUUCAACGAAAUCUAUCAUUGAAACGAGCCUUUCACGUGGAAGAAUAUAAUCCAUUUGAUUUAAUACCUAAACAACAUCCAAUUUUUCGACAAAUGAGAUUAUUUGACAAUUUAAUAUCACUUUCGGUACGUCAUGUGAAUGAGCUUGAGAUGGAAAUUGCUCCGGCAGUUUUCCGGUAUGGACAACGACAUUACAGAUUUGCGGCAGAGUAUUUUAACGAAGAAACGGUGCGGUUAUUUUGCAGCCAAGUGGUAUGUACUGUAGCGGAUCUUUUAGGAGUUGACAUAGAUCCGGCAUGUAUGGAAGCAUGGAUUGAUAUGAUGCGUUUUAUUGGAUGUAAGCUACUGGAUGGUUACAAUUAUAUGCGAGUUUCGAGCAAUAAAAAACUUUCUAUUAAUGCUAAUGAUCAUAUCUUUUACGUAUUGUAA